AUGUCGGGAUUCCCCGGUGCCGGCUAUCACGGGGGUGGGGGUGGAUAUGGUGGUCAGCCGGGACAAUCACAAUACGGAAACUACCCUUAUCCUCCACAGCCGUCUUACGGUGCGUACCAGCAAGGCCCUCCACAACCAGCCCCGGGCUACACGUAUCACCAACCCUCGCCUCAGCCCUAUGGCGGUUACCAACAGCCCUCGCCCCAGCCUCCCCCACCUCAACACCAGCAGUAUGCUGGCUACAACGGACCACCUCAGAACCACUAUGCUAGAGUCGGAAACACCCCGAACUCGUAUGCUCAGGGGAACCCCAGCGGUCCACCUCCGCCACCGUCGGCGCCGCAACAUUUUGGUCACGGCGCUCCGCAGGGCUACGCUUUCCAGUACUCCCAAUGCACUGGCCGCCGCAAGGCCCUUCUCAUAGGCAUCAACUACUUUGGCCAGCGCGGCCAGCUCAGGGGGUGUAUCAAUGACGUUAAGAACAUGUCGGCCUAUCUCGUAGAGAAUUUCGGUUACAAACGUGAGGAUAUGGUUAUCCUUACCGACGAUCAGCAAAACCCGAUGAGCCAGCCAACAAAGCAGAACAUCCUACGAGCAAUGCACUGGCUGGUUAAGGAAGCGCGGCCCAAUGACUCGCUAUUCUUCCAUUACUCUGGUCACGGCGGCCAGACGAAGGAUCUAGACGGAGACGAGGCCGACGGAUAUGACGAGGUCAUCUACCCCGUCGAUUUCCGCCAAUUUGGGCACAUUACCGAUGACGAGAUGCACCGCAUCAUGGUACAGCCGUUGCACGGCGGGGUCCGCCUUACCGCCAUCUUCGACUCGUGUCAUUCUGGCACAGCGCUGGAUCUCCCCUACAUAUACUCUACCCAGGGUAUACUCAAGGAGCCCAAUCUUGCGAAGGAGGCUGGGCAGGGUCUUCUGGGCGCCAUCUCAGCCUACAGCCAAGGCGACCUUGGGGGCGUUGCGAACAAUAUCAUGGGCUUCUUCAAGAAAGCCGCCAACGGAGACGACGCCUACAACCGGACCAUGGCUACCAAGACUUCCCCAGCCGAUGUCAUCAUGCUGUCGGGAAGUAAAGAUGACCAAACCUCGGCCGAUGCGACCAUUGCUUCACAAGCUACCGGCGCCAUGUCGUGGGCCUUCAUCACGGCUCUGAAGAAGAAUCCCCAGCAGAGUUACGUCCAACUCCUCAACAGCAUUCGGGACGAGUUGCAAACCCGGUACACUCAGAAACCGCAACUCUCUUGUAGCCACCCACUUAACACCAAUCUCCUGUUCGUGAUGUAA